CUGGUUUCGAUGGCGUACAUGCAGGACAUGGGAUGGCCGAUGAUGCCAUUCUACAGUGGCGCCGCCAACGCCCUGAAGAUGCCUCCGCACCAGCAUCUGCAUCAGUCGAGCUCGGACGACGGCGGGGGGGCAGGCCUGGAAACCGCUCACUCUUGCACAGAGCCAGGAUGUCAUCACGUGUUCGAGGACGCCCAGAGCUUAAAAGAUCACUUGACUCAGCACACUUGGGGGCCUCACACGAUUCACAUGGCCCCCAAUGGCCACAAGACGUUUGUCUGUCUCAGCUGCGGCAAGAGCGUGACCGACCGCAAGGUGUUGCGAAAGCACUUGUUGACACACCAAGAAAAACGAUUCAUGUGCUCGUUUGACGGAUGCGACAAAAAGUUCUACGAACGAGCCAAGCUCAAGCGGCACAUGCUGGUGCACACAGGCGAAAAGUCCUUCGUGUGUGCCUUUGACGGGUGUGGCAAGCAAUUCGCGUACAAAGCCAACCUAAAAACGCACCUGCGGACGCACACGGGGUUGAAACCGUUCGCGUGCAUGGUCCCUGGGUGCAACCGGACGUUUGCCCAGGCAUCCAACAGGAAUUCGCACAUGCAAACCCACAACCGCCCGUCGCAUCCGUCUCCGCCGCCGUCGGCGCCGCCCCCCCAUCUCCCCCGCAAACCCCCCUCAUCGUCGUCGGUGCUGCAGCCGCAGCCCCCACCAUCACAACAUUUUCAUCCGAGUGCCGAGGAAAUGCACUCGCUGCUCGACCACGUUGACUCUGUCAUGGGCGAUAUGGCCAUGCCGGCGUCGUUCAAAUCAGGGCCAAUGACGAUGUCCAGGUCGACGAUGCCCAUCUCGGUCCUCCCCCUGCCACUGCAAGAGCUGCUGGACGAAAACCCGAGCAACAUGUACCAGCGCAUCCCCACGCCCCCGUUUGUUCGGGACAAGCAGCCAUCCGUCAUGCGGUUCAAGCAGAAAGCGCACUCCAACGACCUGGUCGCGCCCCUCGACUUGUCCGUGGACGGACUCAAAUCGAGCGAACUUUACUCCAUGUUGCCCACGCCGGGGUCGUUCAUCGGCAGUUCCGUGUUUACUUUCGAAGCAUGAAGCACUCCUCGUCCACUAACUAGGUUUCUUGUAGUCAUCCACAGAUAACGUCACAAAUACAAUAGUUA